GUGAAAACCCCACUCUAGAUGUCAGAAGCAGAGGUUGAGAGGUUAGUCAUGAACCUGCAAGUCUUCCAGAAUGUGUGAAGACCAGUUCACAAUAUCUUGUUGUCUAAACGGGGUUCGGAGCUGUUCUCCAGACUUGACCCCGCCAUUAGACAACUGAAAGGUAAGCAAGAUGGUCAACGCGUAUAAUUUGGUGGAUUCGAUUCUCUCUCUUCUAGCAGGUUCAAAAGGACUUGCACAGUCAUACCUCUCUCCAAGCUGUGCUGGCUAUAUCGCCAGCAAUGUACAAUUAUCCAACAGUGGCAUGUCUGCCAACCUUUCACUGGUUGGAUCAUGCAAUGUCUUUGGAACUGACCUGCAGAAUUUGCGAAUGACGGUGCAUUACGAAACAGAAAACAGGGUUCAUGUUAAAAUUUACGACUCCGAGCUUCAAGUCUACCAAGUCCCCGAAUCCGUUCUACCGCGUCCCAAUGGCACCGUCAACGCUGCUGACUCGGUCCUCGAAGUUGUGAUUGUCGAAUAUCCCUUCUCGUUUGCCGUGCGAAGAAGGGACCUUUCCGAGACGAUAUUCAAUACCAGUGGCUCGAGCCUCAUAUUCGAAAACCAAUACCUGCGUCUGCGAACAAACCUUCCACAGAAUCCUGUCCUAUACGGCUUGGGCGAACAUACCGAUCCUUUGAUGCUUAACACAACGAAUUACACAAGAACACUGUGGUCAAGAGAUGCUGGCGGAGUUCCUCCUGGAACAAAUCUAUACGGAAACCACCCUGUUUAUUUUGAGAAUCGUCCAGCAAGCAACUCGAGUCAUGGAGUCGCAUUUAUCAACAGCAACGGGAUGGAUAUCAAGAUCAAUAACACCAAGGAGGAUGGACAAUAUCUGGAGUUCAAUACUGUUGGAGGAAUAGUGGAUCUAUACUUCAUGGCUGGUCCAGGACCGAUUGAUGUUGCCAAGCAAUAUAGUGAGGUGACGGGAAAGCCAGCAAUGAUGCCAUACUGGGGAUUCGGUUUCCAUGACUGCAGAUUUGGCUUUGCCAACGUGUCGGAGGUUGCUGCAACAGUAGCCAACUAUUCUGCUGCUAAUAUCCCUCUGGAAACAAUUUGGACAGAUAUUGAUUACAUGGAUCAUUACAAAAUCUUCACAACUGAUCCAGAGAACUUCCCGCUUGCCGAGAUAAGGGACCUUGUGAACGACCUUCAUAACCGUGAUCAACGUUAUAUUUUAAUGGUAGAUCCAGCUGUUGCAUACCAGGACUAUAAAGCUUUCAAUGAUGGAGCUGCCUUGGAUGUUUUCUUGAAGAAUUUCAAUGGCUCCUGGUACAAUGGAGUCGUGUGGCCAGGUGUAACAGUUUUCCCAGACUGGUUUCAUACCAACAUGCAAGCUUUCUGGAACGGCGAAUUCAACACUUUCUUCAAUGAGUCUACAGGGAUAGAUAUAGAUGGGCUUUGGAUUGAUAUGAACGAAGCUGCGAAUUUCUGCCUUUGGCCCUGCAAUGAUCCUCGCGGCUUUGCUAAUGCGCCCAGCUCGAUCGUUUACCCACCUCCUCGAAAUCAGAGUGGACCUAAUUCCCCAGUAUCAGUCCCAGGCUCUAUGCUGGGUCUACCAGGACGAGAUCUUAUUGAUCCGCCAUAUAUGAUCAACAACGCUGCUGGGUCUCUCAGCAACCACACUAUCUUCACCGACUUGAUCCAUGCAAAUGGGGUUGCCGAAUAUGACACCCAUAAUCUUUAUGGGACGAUGAUGAGCGCCGCUUCCCGUGUUGCGAUGCUUUCCCGUCGACCCACAAAACGUCCUCUCAUCGUUACUAGAAGCACAUUCAUCGGCGCUGGAACUCAUGUCGCUCACUGGCUCGGUGACAACAUCUCCAACUGGGAUGAAUAUAUUCAGUCGAUCCGGCACAUGCUGCAAUUCGCAUCUAUCUUUCAAGUCCCCAUGGUAGGAGCCGAUGUUUGUGGAUUCAUUGACAACACCACGGAAACACUAUGCGCUCGAUGGGCUACCCUAGGAGCUUUCUACACAUUUUUUAGGAACCACAACGGAGACCCGCCGAACAUACCUCAGGAAUUCUACCGGUGGCCUUUAGUUGCCGAUGCGGCUAGGAAUGCGAUUGCCACGCGAUAUAAGCUGCUGGAUUAUAUCUACACUGCAUUUCACAAGCAGACAGUGGAUGGGACACCGGUCCUAACUCCGAUGUGGUUCAAAUAUCCCCAAGAUCCCAUCACCUUUCCCAUUCAAGACCAGUUCUUCUAUGGUCCUUCCCUACUUAUCUCCCCCGUCACUGCCGAGAACAGCACCAACGUAACAAUUUACCUCCCUCACUCUCAGUUCUACGACUUUCACACGUUGCUGCCAGUCGACAGAGAAUCAUCAGGCCAACACAUGACGUUGACAAAUAUCAACUACACCAAAAUUCCCGUCCACAUCCUUGGAGGCUCUAUCAUCCCGAUGCGAGUAAGUGGAGCGAAUACCACAACAGCAUUACGAAAACUAGGCUUCGAGAUCCUUAUUGCUCCAGAUGAACAAGGAAGGGCACGUGGACAGCUCUAUCUUGAUGAUGGAGAGAGUCUUGUUCAAGAGGCAGUUUCUGAGAUUAUGUUUUCGUGGGAUGGACGCAGCAGAAAAUUGGUGAUGGACGGAACGUUCGAGUAUAAUGUGGGAAAUGUCAAGAUCCUAUCUUUGACUGUGCUUGAUCCUGAGGGCAAGCCGCUGAGCUAUGAUCUGGAUAUUCCGCUGACAGGUCCCGCGACAGUGGACAUUGAGAUGCGCAAGUCGAAGGAGCUAAAGUAGUGAGAUGAGAAUGGCUCCCGCGUCAGGCCCUUCGGUGACAACUCAAAGCUUGGCGAAGUAAGCGUUAAAUCUUCGAACUAUUUGAAUAGUAGCUUCGUUUCUAUCAUUUCUUGACCGCCAGGCAAUGAUGACUAUUGCGACUGUCGCGCCAAGUUGAUCUUCCAGUUCACAAUUAUCUCGAACUCUUGUAUAUACAAUCAGAACAUCUCAUCUGAGACCAAGAAAAUGUACAUAAGUAUGCCGCGGCUAAACAGGCAACAUGUAACCAAUUUGAAUGGGG